AUGGCCCUUUCUUCUCCCAAAGGGCCUCGAGGACUUCUCGAUCCUCGGCUUGAAAAGGAGAUCGACGCGGCUUCUGUUUUCAAGCCUACACCUAAUCUCGGGUUUCCCGAAGCUCAAAGCGUGGGAUCGGAACCCGUCACCCACUCCGUUUCUCCCUACAAACCGGUCAGAAUGAACACCGCUCUCGAGAAUAAGGCCGACUCCUCCAAGAGCAGCAAUCCUGAACUUCUUUCGGAUACUGAAGAGGACACGGUCCCCAUCUUCGAUGUUAAGAAGCUGUCUCCCAUUGUUGAGCAGGCAGAGUCGUCUCCCUCGCCCCAGCUUAGCAUUCUCCAGCGAGCGGCUUCUCGUGCUGGACUUCAGCUUCAGCCUCUCAGUGUUGCUCAUGAGUCUAGCCCUCCGAAGACCCAGUACCAGCCGUACUGUGAGCCCCCUCCUCGUACCUCUUCGAGAGUUUCUAACCACGCGGCUGCUACUGCCAAUGUUCCUAUCGGACACGCCGCAGCUGCGGCCUUUGGCUCUGGUUCUACGGACCAACAGGGACUUUCUAGCUCAAGCUCUCGCCAGCAGCAGAUUCCUGAACAGGCGGGUACGGUCCCCAAUCUUGCUCAUGGAGUAAGAAAUGGUCACCAUGGUAAACGUAUCAUUUCCAACUCAGGGACCGUCAUUCACUAUGAAGUUGGACCGCACGGUCCCAGCUGUAGUCUUGAUAACCGCGGAGGUUCCGGUCAUGCUUCGUACCGCUCUGCCAACCCCGGCAACGGGGCUGGUCGUAGUCGGUCCGGCGGUGAUGGCCCUUCCGGUGGCGGCCCUCCUAAUGGAGGCCAUCAAGGCGGUGAUGGUGGCCCGACUGGCCAGCCGCCCCAGCAGUACUGCACCAAGGACCUCGGCGAGAGGUCGUGGAAGUUCUCUGAUGACAUGGCCCAAGCCUAUCACCACAUGAGGGGUCCUGCUGUUAAUGAGCUCAACUCGUUUGGCAAUCUGCUUCUGUACAGUCGCAAGCAUAGCAUGCCCGAGAAUGCGGACGAAGUCGCUCCUCAAGGAGUUUCCCAUAUGGCCUCGAACCUUGAAGACAUUUUGGUUUCGCAUAACCCCGUUAGGUACCACUCGGAUGAGCGCACUUUCGACGUGCCCAAGGCUCAGUACGAGCAUGUCGGUCCCUCGAAUGUGGUUCCCCAUUUUCGACACCCCACCAACUUCAAGGCCGCUGACGUCUCCGAUGGCGGAGAUUCUGACGAGGGCUACAUCUCUCCUUGCACUUUUACGUUCAUGGCACGGGGCACGAUCCCCAAUGUGGACUUGGCGGCUCGUCACCAAGUACCCGCCGAUGCGCAGCCCCUUCGUUCCCAGGCACCUGCCGAGCCCGAGGCCCUCACCGGAUCUUACCACGUUUCGACCAACCCCUCGAUUAUCUUUGAUCCUCCUGGCAUUCGUAAGCGCGAUUUGAAGUAUCUCAGGGGAUCUUUCGGGAAACUCUUUUCUCGUAUGCAGCCAGUUCUCGGCAAGAAACUUGACAAGAUUCGUCUUGGCAUCAGUGAGAAGGAUGCCGACCCCGCUGAAUCCAUUUUCUCGGAUCAUACUCCAUUUAGCCAGGCCGAGAUUGACGCCGCCUUCCGCGCGCCGUCUGCUGAGCCUAUUGAUGGUAUCCCCCCGAGUCGCGUUACUGAAGCUAUCAACCAAACCGAAGCGGAAAUCAAACGCCUCGAAGUUGACGAGCUCGCCGCCUACAAGACGGCUCAUGAGAAUAGCGAGUACCUCAAGUUCCUCAAGGAGACGUACACCCGCGUCACCGAGGCGGGCCAGUACAUCCGCACCUUCCACCACAGGGUCUCGCAGAAGCGCAAGCGCGCCAAGAUCCGACGAACCGUGGCCCACAGGCUCCGAGAGCUCCAGUACCAGCGCCUCAAGCUCCUCGACGAGCUCCACGAAUCUCAAGCUAGGAACGAGCUCACGCUUGCGCGUAUGCUGCAAGUUGAGCGCGCUCUUCAGGUAGAGUGCCAGUAUGCCAACGUCGAGACUGUCGAGGAGAUUAUGGGUACGGCUGCGGCGCUUUGGGAUGAGAUGAACGAGAUCGAGUCCUCUCGUAGGAAUGCCGUAUUGCCUGAAGCGAACGGCUCGCCUUCUCGUGGACGUCGUCAGCAACAGCCGCCGCCGCAGCGGCAGCUGCAACCUCAGCAGCAACCUCAGCAGCAACAGCGACAACUAUAUGCUGCCCAGUACGAGACCCCCCAGCGCAACCCACAGCAGUGGCGUGGCCGCGCGUCUCAGAUGGUUACUCCCCAGCAAGGUCGUCCCAUCCCGAACACGCCCGCGAUGCAAUCUGACCCUUCGGGUCGUCUCAUCGCUUAUAUCCCUCACAACAACACGCCUCAGCAGAGCGACUUCCAGAAUCUUGCCAACCUAAGCCAGUGGGAUGCCUUCUUUUGA